AUGUGGCCCAGGCCCGUCUUUCCCGACCUUCGAUCGCACAAACACAGUGAGGACCCUUCCCGGGAGCACGAAAGAACAGCGCUAGCCCCGCCGCCCCCACCGGCCGGUCCCGAGGGGGAGGAGCGCCCACGGAGAGGAAGGACGGAAGCAGUAACGGGCGAGGGGCGGCGGCGGCCCCGGCAUCGGACGCCGCCGGUGCUCUGGACCGCCCUGCGCUCUCGAGGAGGCCGGCCCUUCAGGGGCCGCUUGAGCAGGAUCGGGGAAAGGUGGCUAUCCGAAGCUCCGGUCCGGCUCCGCCGUCCUCAGCGGGGGGCGGUGACGGCCCCGGCGGCCGAGGGACGGACCGGCUGCCGUCACCGCCUCGCCGGCGGCAACUCUGGGCGUCCUAUUUCCCGAAACUUCUAUAGCUCGCGCCAACCGGAACACCUUUCGAGUUCUCACGGCCCUAGAUUUUCCCUCAGCAAACGCAAGACGGCUAUUCGUGCUACAGAUUCCGGGGAAGGUAGCGGGAUUUACCGAGCACCCGAGCGAGCGGAACGCAACGGACGACAUGCCGGGCGGAAACGUCUUCCGACGUCACCGGGGAGAGGGGAGGGCCACCCUUCCGCCGACCACGAGACCGGCGGGGACGGACUCCCCGACCCCUACGACCCCGGCUUUCUAGCGGCACCGAAAAGGAGCCCCGCCGAACUCACCGAACGGCGACCCUCCGCCGCUACCUCUCCGCCCGUCGGGGGCGACGCCGCCGCCGGGGCGUCUCGCUCCGCCGACGCGGACCCGCGGGGCUCCCCGAUCACGGGGAAUGCCACGACGGGGAGACGGCGGCACGGGCGUCAGGUUAAAAAACAAAAACCCCUCCAUCCGAACUCGGAACUUUCAACAGGCCCACCUUCGCCCCCGGCGACGCGGCGAAGGCCGGCCGGUCACGCCGCUCAGCGCACGGCGGGCGCCCGAUCGAUACGGCCGAAUGAACGGUCGGACCUCCGCCGGCCUGGCACCGUGGGAAGGCUCGACCCCGGCGGGGGACAGGCCCCUCGUCGUCGGGGAAAAAAAAAACCACACCGAAAGACCGUCCUGCCGAAACGCGCCGGGCCACGGCGAUCGGGCGGGAAAAGUCAGGAUUGUAGAUCUACCCGCUUGGGGCCACGACCCCUGGCCGAAGGGAAAGAGCGAAACGACCGUAAUAACGCCAACGAUGCCGACGAUGGCAUCCCGCGGCGGGCGGCUCAUCCGGGGCCGGGCGUUCCUCCCGGGUGGCCGAGCCCGGGCCCGGUCCCGACCCCGACCCCGAGGUCGUCCCGUCGGUCGCUCGGGCGCUUCCUCUUUGGGGUGGGCGGACGGGCCGGGGAGCCGGAGGGGGGAGAGGUUUCGGCUCCGGUCUCCGUCCGGAGAACCUCCCCGGGCGACUCCGGCCGAGGGACGGGUGGACCUGGCCACUUGGCCGCUCGCCUCCGUGACGGCACAGAGCCCGGGGGGGCGGCCCCGGGGCUCCCCCUUUCCCGGCAGAAGGAGCAGGGGGUGUCCGGGGACGAGGCCCUCUUCCCACCUGCGGGGCCGUCCCUCCCCGGGCCCCCGGGUCCCCCGUCCCCAACCCCGGGGUCCCCAACUUUUCUGUCCCCGGAGCCGCCGGGUGAGGCCCCGACCAAGAGGGACCCCGGACCGCCCCCGUUCGUGGCAGCCGCCGGAACGCAGAGACGGACGGCCGCCCGCCGGACCGGACGGGACGGGACGGGACGGGACGGGAAAGGACCGGACAGGAUGGGAAAAGACAGGACAGGACCGGACACGACGGGAAAGGAGCGAAAGGAUCGGAAAGGAGCGGACGGGACGGGACAGGAGUGGACAGAAUCGGACAAGACAGGACGGGACAGGACCGGACAGGACGGGAAAGGAGUGGACGGGACCGGACGGGACAGGACCGGACAGGUCGGGAAAGGAGUGGACCGGACGGGACAGGACGGGAAAGGACCAGACCGGACAAGAUGGGAAAGGAGUGGACCGGACGGGACGGGACGGGACCCGCUGAUAUCCACCCGUGGGAGGCCGGAGGUCCGUUCCCCGGGGCCUCCCUCCCUCCCUCCCUCCCUCCGGCAAGAGCCCCCGGCGCACUCACCCCGCUGGCCGGACGGUCGGGGGACGGCGCCGCCGGAGCUCCACGAUUGUAAACUCCCCGACGGCAGGCGCUAG